AUGGAGUCUCCCAGUUCGCCGCGGAAUAUCAACCCUUUACACCAGUUGUAUGGCUCGCGCAGGACGCUACGAUGGAUCAUCUUCCUGGCCGUCGCAGCCUUAGUGACGCUCUACAUCACCGGGCAAAGCUACAAUACCGUGACGCCAACGUCGACGUCAAGGCCCUUUAAGUCGUCCACGAAAGCGAAAUACAUUUCCCCCGCGCAGUUGAUGGAGAGACCCAUCUCCAAAGACCUGCAGACGAUACCGCGGUUGUUUCAUCAGAGCUGGACUUCGACGGACCUACCAGACAAAUUCGAAGAAUGGAGUGACAGCUGUCGCAAAGCGCAUGGCAACUGGGAGUGGGUGUUGUGGACGGAUGAAGAUAAUGAAAACCUGGUCCAGAGGCACUUCCCAUACCUGCUGCAGACAUAUCAGAGCCUCCCAGGGGCCAUUUUAAAGGCCGACCUGGCGAGAAAUCUGUACAUGUAUAUGUUUGGAGGUGUUUAUGCCGACCUGGAUGUGGAAUGCUUGCGACCAACGGACGAGCUCUUCAAGGAAUUCAACGUUACUACCGUCUCCCACGCCAAACCUCGACCCGUGUCCACCCACGACAUGCAAAAGAGCGGUCGCAAGGCGUUCUUUGGCAGGAUGGGAACUGACACUUCCUUCGAGAAUUCCAUUCCCAAUGCUUGGAUGGCCUCCACACCCGGCCAUCCCUUUUUCCUCCUCGUCGUCGAGUCGGUGGUGAGGGGUCUCUUGGAUGGAUCCAGCGCAGGCAAAUCACCAGAAGCGGUCACCGGCCCUGUCAAACUGUUUGACAUGAUCAACGAAUACUCCGCUCCCGAAAGUAUCUACGCCGGAGAAAACCUCGACAAGCAUGUGGCUAAGAACCCAACCGCCAAGCAAUUCACUCCUCGCAGAGGUCUGGGCCAUUCCAUCGAGGUCCUUCCUUUCCGAUAUAUCUUCCCCUAUUCAUGGCACCGAGACGGUGAGGCGUUCCGCGAGGUGUGUUGGGCCACGCAGAAAACCUUUGAUGCCGAGAGAUGCAAGCUGCUUUUGGCAACCGACCAUUGGCCCAGCUAUGCCAUCACGUACUGGAGUCACACCUGGGCGGGCGAGGGACAUGACGAGUCAAAUGUGCAACAAUUGGAAAAUGAGUGA